GAGUUGUAACUUGACGUUACUAAAUUGAUGGACGGAGAAAUAAUUCUUGAUUCUUGACAACAUUGAAGGAUAGUUGCCAAAGCGCGAAUAGCGGCAACUUCCAUUCAGUGCCUAACUUCGGAGCGCAGACUGGGCCUUUACAACGUAUACUGACGGUUUCUGAGUGACUGAAAGAAUCACGCGAGAAGACGAGAAGAAACCGCCGAGAUGGCCAGCGGACAAUCGUAUAGCAUCGUGGAAUAUUUUACAGAACACGAGGGCUAUCGGUGCGGCUACUGUAAGAGCACCAAUACGAACUUCAGUCAUGGUAUGUGGGCGCAUAUGUUGACGGUGCAGGACUAUCAGAGUUUGAUAGAUAGAGGCUGGAGACGGAGCGGCUGCUACUGUUAUAAACCUACUAUGAACCAGACGUGCUGUCCACAAUAUACCAUCAAAUGCGAAGCACUAGAUUUUAAAAUAUCAAAGUCUCAGAAAAAAAUUCUAAAGCGUAUGACCAAAUUUCUAAGGAAUGAAUUGACAAAUGACAGUGCUAGUCUAACAGGAAAUGAUCAACAAGAUAAUAUAGAUAUAAGUAAUGAAGAAGCAUUAAAUUAUCCUAAGCAUAAAAUGAAAGUGCAGAAAGAUAAGUCUCAAAUUAAUGUUUCAUCUGUCGAUGAUGAAGUCAGUGAGAGAUUGUCUAUCAAUCCAGAAAAAACAGAAAGUCAAAAAAAUUCCACUUCAAGUAGUAGUCAAGUACAGCCAACAAAUUCCGAUAGCAAAAAUACUUUGCACAUUAGAAAUGAAAUUGCUGAUGCAGUGCCUUGCAAAAAAGCAAAGCUCUUACGCAUAGAACGUAAGAAAAAUAAAUUGCUGGCUCAAGGUAAAUCACAAAGUGAAAUCGAGAGCAUUAUGAAAGAAAAGAAACAACAGAAUUGUGUUAAGAACAUAGAAGAAUUAUUCGAAGAGAUAUACACUGGAUUGAAAAAAUUGGAGUUGAGACUAGUACGAACUGCGCCAAUGAGCUCCGAGUACCUAAAAACUUCGAAAGAAUCUUAUGAGCUUUAUAAAAAAUAUCAGACUACAAUACACAGAGACCCAAUCGAGAAGCUCACAGAACAACAAUACAUGAGAUUUCUCGUGAAGUCGCCUUUGCAGCAAUAUUGGUUGGAUAAUGAACUGAUAGCUGUUGGAGUAAUUGACAUUCUGCCUUCAUGUAUCUCAAGCGUGUAUUUCUUUUAUGAUCCAGCAUACAGUCAACUUUCUCUCGGAACUUUUAGUUCUCUUCGAGAAAUUUAUCUAACGAGACAGCUUAACAAAGUCGCGAGUAAUUUGAGAUAUUAUUAUAUGGGCUUUUAUAUUCAUUCGUGUCCGAAAAUGCGAUACAAAGCUAAAAUGCGGCCGUCGAAGCUUCUAUGUCCAGAAACAUAUGUAUGGUGCGAUAUUGAACCUAGUCUAGCUAAAUUGAACAACGAUAAGUAUAGUCGUCUGAACGAUGAUAUCGAUGCUAUCGACGAGGAUGGCGUAGUCAAUAUUGAAGAGGUAUUGAUACUACAUAAGAAUAUCGCAAUGCCAUAUAAGAAAUACAGAUUACAACGAACAACGCGGGAAGAAAAACGCGAGGUGAAGGAAUAUGCCAGCCUCGUUGGAAUGCCAUGUGCACGAGAGAUGUUGCUCUUGCGCUAUUCUAGAGAAUAAUUAGUUAAUAUAAAACCGAUGAAUAAAAAAUUAUCUCAAGGACCUUUGCAUCGAACAACGCUUUGGUUACUUAAGAAACUAAGAUAAUGACUAAUGUUAAUGUACAAAGAAUUUCAUGUAUAUUAAAUUAUUAUUAUUAGAAAACUAUUAUUAAAAAAUUGUUUUAUAAAUAACAAACUGUGAUGCAAACGAUUGAAUUCUUUAGUAGAAAAUAUAAGAUGCGCAUAAUAAAUUAUAAAGAUAUUUUUUAGUUUAGAACUGACACUAAGAAACGCAAAAUCAAAAAA